CAAAAACAGUUAAAAAAAAGUUUUGACAUUAUUGACAUCUUUACCGAAAAUUCAAAGUUUAUUAAAUUUCUCAGAAAAAAUCACUUUAAGGAGGGUUUAUAAAAUAAAACAUUGUAAUUAGAUGUGCAAAAGAAAAUGUGAAAUCUCUCAUAUAAAAAGCUAGUUAUUGAACAGAAAUAAACAUGUUUUCCGCAUAUUUCUUAAAGUAUAGGAAUAUGAUCCUUUGUAGUAUUUUCUUCUUUUAUUUUGGCUGUGGAAUUACGUUAAGUUUACUGAAGAUAGACUGUGAUUCUGUUGCUAAAGCUAUGGAAACAUCUGCAAAUAGCGAAUAUAGUAAGGUGGAGUAUGUUGUGUUAAUUUUGAGCGCGCCUGAAAACGUUCAGGAAAGAAGCACAAUUAGGGGCACUUGGAUCAAUUUUGCCGCCAAUAUGUUCACUGAAAACGGUGUGAGACUAUAUAAAUGGAACCACACGGGGGCCACAAGGGCACUACCGCCUGAAUUUAUCAAAUUUUACUUCGCUAUUGGAGUCAAAGGGUUUGACAUGGAAAGACUACUGAAAUUAACGUCUGAAAACGCUAGAAACAACGACUUGUUGCUUCUGGACGAUCUAGAAGAUCAUUAUUUAACUCUCUCAGACAAAACUGUGCAGUCAAUGAAGUGGCUGAGUGAAAACAUGAAGCAAUUGAAGUAUGUGAUAAAAUGUGAUGAUGAUUCUUUCGUCAGAGUUGAUUUGAUUGUUCGUGAGCUAGAAGCUUUCGCGCCCGAUAUGAACACUCCGAAGAUUCGAGAAUUUAUUUCGUACAAGAAGGCCCUACUAGUAUAUAAAGGUCUCUACUGGGGCUAUUUCAAUGGGAAAGCGAAGAUCUUCCUCUCUGGGAAGUGGCAAGAGAGUGAAUGGUUCCUCUGUGACAACUACCUCCCAUAUGCUCUGGGAGGGGGGUAUGUUGUGUCCCGUAGUAUUGUGGACUUUGUCGCUAGAAAUGCAGACAUUCUAAGUAAAUACAAAUCAGAAGAUGUAUCAAUGGGAGUGUGGACCGCCCCUCUUGAUGGUAUCAAUCGCGUGCAUGACACCAGAUUCGACACUCAAUGGCGAUCGAGAGGAUGCGAAAACAACAUGUUAAUUCGUCACAAGCAAACUCCUACGGAUAUGUUAAAAAUGUACAAGAACUUGGUACAGUCCAAAGGAGAAAGAUUGUGUACUAAUGUUACUAUGGAAAGAAAAGCUUAUGUUUAUAAUUGGGAUGUCUUACCUAGUGCAUGUUGUAAAUAAUAGACUGAUUUUAUAUA